AUGCUGAAGAAGACUUCCUCCGAUUCGUAUCGUCUCCUCACUCCGGUCCUAUCAUCAAGAAACAGAACAGCAGAGAUAGAACGUAUCACCAAACUCAUCAAUGACCAUCCCUUCCCAAACAACCCAAUCCAACCAAUCCUCACCAAACACAUCCCUCUAUCAUCCCUCUCACCUCCCCUCGUCUCCCAAGUCCUCGGCCGUCUCUUCGCCGCUCACUCCAACGGCCUCAAAGCCCUCGAGUUCUUCAACUACUCCCUCAAAUCCUCUCCUCCCACCCCUGACUCCUUCGAGAAAACUCUCCACAUCCUCUCCCGCAUGCGUUACUUCGACCAAGCUUGGUCCUUUAUCUCCGAAACUCGAAACACUUACCCUAAUCUCUUGACCCUCAAGUCAAUGAGCAUCCUCCUCUGUAAAGUCGCGAGAUUCGGAUCCUACGAGGAGACUCUAACAGCUUUCGCGAGGCUGGAGAAAGAGAUCUUUAAGAAAAAGUUCGGUGUGGACGAGUUUAAUGUCCUUCUACGAGCGUUCUGUACGGAGAGGGAGAUGAAGGAGGCGAGAUCUGUUUUCGAGAAGUUGCAUUACAGGUUUAACCCAGAUGUGAAGACGAUGAAUAUUUUGCUAUUAGGGUUUAAGGAAGCGGGUGAUGUUACCGCUACGGAGCUUUUUUAUCACGAGAUGGUGAAGAGAGGAUUUAGACCAAACUCUGUUACUUACGGGAUUAGGAUCGAUGGGUUUUGUAAAAAACGUAACUUUGGGGAAGCGUUGAGGCUCUUUGAAGAAAUGGAUCGUGGAGAGAUUGAGCCCACGUUGCAGAUACUCACUACGUUGAUCCAUGGUGCUGGUGUAGCCAGGAAUAAGAUUAAAGCACGCCAACUGUUCGAUGAAAUUCCCGAGAGAGGGUUUGCGUAUGAUUGUGGAGCUUAUAAUGCUUUCAUGAGUGCGCUCAUGAGAUGUAGAGACGUGAGUGGGGCAAUGCUUGUGAUGAAGGAGAUGGAAGAGAAGGGGAUUGAGCCUGAUAGUGUGACUUUCCACUCUAUGUUUAUUGGAAUGAUGAAAUGUAAAGAGUUUGGGUUUGAUGCGGUGUGUGAGCUUUACUACAAAAUGAAGGGAAGGUGUUUGGUUCCGAAGACACCGACUGUUGUUAUGCUGAUGAAGCUGUUUUGUCUGAAUGGUGAAGUCAAUUUAGGACUAGACUUGUGGAAGUAUAUGCUGGAGAAAGGGUAUUGCCCUCAUGGCCAUGCGUUGGAACUUCUUACAACUGCACUGUGUGCUCGAAGAAGAGCCAAUGAUGCAUUUGAAUGCUCGAGGCAGACAGUGGAGAGAGGAAGGUGUGUGAGUGAACCAGUCUUGAGAAUGUUAGAGACCUCCUUAUCAAGCACAGACGAAUUGGAGAAACUAGAGGAACUCAAGAGGAAGAUGCAGAAACUGCAUAGCUAUUUACCGCCUCCUGGAACACAACUACUAAGUUAG